AUGCAUCGCGUAGCGAACAGCUAUACGCCUCCUCGUGCUACUGGUUUAUCGGCGAUCCAUCUGGAAAAUGGCGUCUCUUAUGCACAAGUUGGUCAACUGGCACAUGCAAUGUAUUACUGUGAAGUUGGAUGGAGCCUUAUAUGCGCUUGUAUAGCUGUGGUGCUCACCGGGAUCGCCUCCUACAUCUUCAUCAUGGAGCACCGUUGUGCUCGCGAACGACAGCUCAGUAUUCGACGACGGAAGCAGAUUCACAACGCCAUUAUGUCAUCCUGUCGUGAAGAAGUUGCAAUGGCGAUCAGGGCUCGAAUGACAGUUCUUUGA